AUGACUAGAGCAUCUGAUGCGAGUAAAGCCGAGGGCAUAAGCUUUGCUAGGGACGUUCAACAUGCGGAAGAUGGAGAUAUUUUAUCUGCCUUUGAGAGGACUAGGUCCACAGGAAGCAUCAUGAUAUCUCCCGAGAUAUUUGAGAAGCUUUACUUGAAUCCGAAGACCCCAGUUGCUGGGAACUUGCGGAGUAUGAUUGGCAAUCCAACCCCUAUAGCUAUCACGGGCUUCGUCAUGGCCUUGACCCCUCUAUGCUUUUCCCUGAUGGGUUGGAGAGGAGCUGGCAAUAAUGGCAUUGCUCAUAUUGGGGGGUACAUCUUUUUUGGAGGCAUUCUCUUGCUUGCUGGUGGAUUACUGGAGUGUAUAAUCGGUAACACCUUUUCAUCCGUGGUAUUCAUGUCCUUUGGAUGCUUCUACCUCACGCUCGCCGCGACUCUACAGCCCUUUUAUAAUGCAUAUGGAGCCUAUUCAUCGACGCCUAGUGAUCCCACUACUGGGCUCGCGACGGAGGGCUUCAAUGCCAGCUUUGUGGUCAUAGGCGUUAGCCUCAUUAACGCCAACUACUGGUACUUGGCUAUGAAAGAGACAGCACUUGCCGAGAAGCUCCAAGUAGGUGGAGGGGCUGUGCUAUUUGCAGCAUGCCUCGGCGGGUGGUAUUUACUCUUUUCCUUGUUGCUUGAAUCCGUGGACUUUCCUCUGCGGCUCCCUGUAGGUGAUCUCUCUAGCCAUGUCCGAGGAUUAUCACAAGUCAAGAAGACGUCGGAUUGA